UGUUCUUUUGUUUUGCUUCCUUUUUUUUUGCAGAGUGACGCUUUGUUUGGAAAGGAGUGUUCAGUGUAAACUUCAUUUUCGAAGAGAAGCGUAAAUUACAUAAGUUUAGGUAAUUUUAGCAUAGAAAUAAUUAAUUUAUAUGCAAACAGCGCACUGCCUGUCAGCGUGUGUAGCAGACUUACACUACAUCAUCGCAACAUAUAGCGAGUACAUGCACCCUUAAUGUGAUGACCCUUGCUCUGAAGGGGCAGUGUGUGGGUGUAGGAUAAACAACAAAGACAUUACACCGAGUGUACGUUUGGAAGUGUUCUGUCUCCGUGUAUCCAAGAGGGACAGUGUGAGGGUGGCGUCAUUUAGGAUACGAUAACACACCGUGUACAAGUCGCUGCAUCAAGUUGACGUUGUGAAGGUUUCUCUAUCCGUGUAUCCAAGAGGGACAGUGAGAGAGUGGCGUCAUUUAGGAUACAAUAAGAGACGGUGUAAAAGUCACUGCACGCUGUGUACGUUGCAAGUGUUCUUACUCCUUUUAUCCAAGAGGGACAGUGUGAGGGUGGCGUAUUUAGGAUACAAUAACAAACCGUGUACAGGUCGCUGUACACAGUCUACGUUGUGAAGAGUUCUGUCUCGAUUACAGCAUAGGGGAUGGUGAAUGGAUACCCGUUCUUCUCGCGUCGAUCCAGCAGGCGCAUCUUGAAGCACCCGAGAACCCACAAAUCGUCCACGAUGAUGCCGUCGGGCUUACCUCGCCCGGGCAACAGGAAAGACAGCGCCAUACGGACGCUGGUGGCGGAGACCCUGGUUCUAGCGAAGACCCAUGGCUACGUGGAGAAGAUUGAAAGUGAACUCGAGGAGGAACUUCGCCGGGAUUUAUGGGAACCUCCAGAACAAACUGUUGCAAGAUGGCGCCGAGAUGGUGAGAAGAUUCUCAAGAGCAAGUACAUGCUUCUCACUGUUGUUCUCUUCUGUGUUACCGACUGCGCCCUGGUCCUGGGUGAACUCAUCCUAGAUUUACACAAAGUGAGAGACACAUUGGAAAAUUCCGAGCAGAUGGUUGAGACAUUUAUUCUGAGACUAAGGACACGAUAUCCUGUGAACAUAAACGAAACAGACAGCACAGAAAUCGAACAGGUGUUUCAGAAAAUCUUGGAAGCCAAUAUUUCUUGGAAACAGGAUAUAUUACAUCAAAGUGAUUCGCAUUCGCAUUGGCAUAAGGAUACUAUGCUUCCUCAUCACAGUGAUUUACGAUUUCGAAGGAACGUGGUUAGUGAUUCCAGUAGCGUCGGUAAUUACACUGACGAGAACAGGACUGCAAUGGUGGAUCUGUUAUAUCACAAAAAUUUCCACAGCGUAGAAAAUGACAUCGCACAUGCAUUCCAUUAUGCAAGCAUAUCUAUAUUAGCAAUACUUGUCAUAGAGACAAUUUUGAAAGCAGUAUGUGCCGGAAAGUCUUUCUGUCAUCGAAAAUUGGAAGUUUUUGAUGCAAUAAUCGUUAUAGUGUCUUUCUUGGUUGAUCUGGUCUUUCUGAAUCUGUCUCGAUUUAAAAUCCAGGAUUUUGUAUUUAUCUUGGCCUUUCUUCUCCCAUGGAGAGUCAUCAGGGUUGUAAACAGUUUGGUUGUGUCGGUCAAGGAUCAUGAGCACUUCCGUUUGAAGUUGGUCUACAGCCGUAAGAAGAAAAUACAACACAGUCUCAGAGAAACCGAAGUCAAAUUACAAAUAUACAGGUGUCAGUGCAACGCACUACGAAAACUAUGCAUAACAGAGGGCGUGGACGAGUGGAGGGUGGAUCAGUUAUUACGUAUUGACGAGUACAUAGUCAAUAAAGCGGGCAAAAGUAAGUGCAAGAUAAGAAUAGACGAUUCAUCUGUGAUUAUUUUCAACGACAAAAAUGAUAUCCCCAAACUUUCGCCUCGUCCAUCAAUAUCGAAUCUGUGUGACCUAAGAGGUCGAGGCGGUGUCACGGCUAUCAUCGAGGAAGAAGAACCGUUGACGCCAGAAAUCACCGAGCUUCAUGAUGACCAUCCCAAAGACCCAGGAAAACAAAAUGGAGUUAUUGAUGUUCAUUGCUGAUGCAAUUCUACAAAACAAAUGCAAUAUUUCUGGUUGUUGUUGUUUUGGAGGGAUUCUUCACAUUUAUAGAUUACGUUUUCUAGUUUGGAGGUGAUGUACAUAUUACAAUAUUUUGAUGUAUUCACAAAUUUGAAUUGUAAAUUGUAAAUAAAUAAAGGGUUUGUGUGUAUCAUUUCAAGUUGUACAUAACCGAACUAGUUAUUUAUUGCUGGAAUAGAAAGCGUUUAUCUUUUACUACCUGUCACUGACAUAUUAUACAGCUAUUGGUUAGAUGAGUAGAGUAACCAUUAAAGUGACAUACCCUAGAUCUUAAACACUAGUUUUCACUAUUAAAUCCGGGAUUUGUUUUUAAAAAUUAAAUUAGAAGUACUUACUUUUUA